AUGGAAGCCGGUUCUGGAAAGAGUCAAAACGAAAGCUUGAAGUUGCCGAGCUAUCCAAGUAACUGCCUUUAUUUUCUGAGAUCCAUCGAGGAUAGUGUUCCGGAGAGUGCGAGGAAUGGGGAGCAGUUAAAUGUCGUUAUUGUUGGAGCUGGUCUUGGAGGUCUUGCUACAGCCAUUGCCCUGGCUCAGAAGACCCACCAUGUAACCAUCUACGAACAAGCACAUCAACUGGCAGAAGUUGGUGCCGGGAUUCAGAUUCCCCCCAACUCCACACGUCUUUUGCUCAAAUUGGGUCUGGGUCCUUAUUUGGAAAAAUACGUCACAGAACCAGAGAGCGUUCUUAUGCGUCGUUGGCAGAAUGGCAAAGUCAUUGGCCGGACACGAUUGGAUCCUGACUUUAAGCGGGAGUUUGAUGCACCAUAUUGGGUUAUUCACCGGGCGCACUUCCAUGAAGCAAUGCAUGCGCUGGCCGUGGACUUGGGUGUCGUCGUCAACUUGGCUUCAAAGGUUGUCUCGUACGACGUUGACGGUCCAACUGUCUCGCUAGAGAAUGGCUCGACCAUCUUCGCGGAUUUAAUUGUAGCUGCAGAUGGAGUAAAUUCCACUGCACGGAGAAUUGUCCAAGAAGGAGUUGACCACCCACCCCAGAAGACGGGCUUCGCAGCCUAUCGGGCUGUGGUGGAUAUUGGUCGCAUGCUAGGCGAUCCUGAAAUAGCAUGGUUACUGGAAAAGCCCUCGUUCAACCUAUGGCUCGGUGACAAGCGACAUGUUAUGACCUAUGUGAUCGGGGCCGGAAAGACAUUUAACAUGGUUCUAUCACAUCCAGAUGAUGGCUCUGGUUGGGAUACAACUGAAGAAGAAACGAUCGCCAACAUGCGAAAAGAGUUCGAAGGCUGGGAUCCAGUAUUAUAA